AUGGAUUUGUCAUCUACGCCAAAUUCACGUGGGACACAGGAAACCUCCAUGAAUACUUCUCAACAAUCAAACAUGGGCUUAAGAACACAUAUCAAGGCCAAAGAAAUCCAAAGCAUUACAAGAGCUAGCAACCAAGACUCAGAAGAACAGACAGACUCCAAGAACAAGGCAACAGAACUGCCUGGCAAACAGCUGACCUUGGUGAACCGCCUGAGUUCAUACCGGAACCACUUGGACCGGGAGGAGGGCUGGAAUGGCAUCUCACCACAUGGGCCAAGCCACCAAGGGCCAAGGGUUGUGGAGCGACUUCUGGCCGGAGGGAAGAUAAACUACGGAGUGGUUUUGAAUCCUAAGGGCACCUUGCAAUCAAGGCCUGGAAGUCCUUGCAUUUUGCUUAUCAUAGGAAGUCUAUUUCAAUCUUUACACCACAAAGAACAUUCCUCGCCCUUGAUUACGCAUCAACUUGGUAUCAGAGCCCAGCCACGAAUUGGGCAAAGGCUGCACAUAUUGGAGUUCCGAGGAAAGAGGUUUCAUAGUUUCUGGGUUUUCAGAAGGAGAAAAGCGUUGGGCGAUUUUGACGCAUGGUGUAAAAUUCAAUCAUCAUUGAUUCCACGACAUACAGGGAGUGAUUUCUCCUAUACUUUUCAUUUGUCAUUCAAUUGUUUACAUAUUUUUUUCUUUUUGGACACAAACACACACGAAAUUUCUGGAUUUGUUGAUUCUUGCAUUUUCGUUUUUCGCAUACAUUUCUUAAACAUCAUUUGUCGUGCAUUGCUGGUUAAAUUAGUUGUCUCUGGUCGAGUGGAUAUGACCAUGGAGGAAAGAUUUGGGAUAUUAGAAGAAAAUAUGAGAUUAGUCAUGCAAACCCUAAAUCAAUUAAGAAUCGACAAUCAACAGGAUAGGACACCAAACCCUAAUUUGCGACCCUACGAGGAUAGAACGGUUAAAAUUGAUAUUCCUGAAUUCGAUGGACAUUCCUAUGACCCUGGGAAGUAUCUUGAAUGGGAAGAUCGAAUGGAUAACUAUUUUGAAUUCAAAAACACACCCCCAGAUCAACAGUACAGAUUAGCCAAAGUGAAAUUGAUUAAAUCGGCUGCUAUUUGGCUUGAAGGAGUACAGAAGCGUAGAGUUAGGGAGGAAAGGGGUAGGAUUAAUUCUUGGACCAAGCUCAAGAAACACAUGAAAAGGAAAUAUGUCCCUACCUCAUACAAACAACAGCAAUACAUCCAACUAAAUGCCAUGAAACAGGGAACGAAAUCUGUGGAUGAGUAUAGAAAUGAGUGGGAAAGGUUGUAUGCGCUUUGUGACCCCCAUGAAACUGAGGAGAUGAGAGUGGGAAGGUUCAUAGCUGGGCUAAGGGAGGAAAUCAGGGAUAGGCUUAUGACUACACCUGACCUCACAGUGCACAUAGGCAGUUUGCAGGCUGUGGAGAUUGAGAGACAAAUCAAUAGGGCAGCCCACUCCCAAACCAGAGGCACAAGGACCUACACCCCUAGGAAUACGAGCACCAUCCCUGCACCUAAGAGAGACACUUCCAGCAGUGGGAUAAAGGUUAACACCACUAGAGGAGACCCCACUACCAACCCUAAGGAUAUGGUCUGUUUCAAAUGUAAUGGGAGGGGCCAUUACAAAAGAGACUGCCCUAAUGCAAGAGCCUUCACCAUGAGGGAAUGGAAUGAAAUCAGACAGGACACAAGACCAAAGAAAAUCUUAGUAGCCAAGAAUGGGCAGGAAGAGGAGAUGUUUGAGGGAGACACUGAAGAGGAUGAAGAUGAGGAGCUGAAGAGAGUGUUGCCUGAGGAGGAGCACCUGAUUCUGGUCAUUAGAAGGAGCUUUCACACCACACCCUUAGCCAAGAGAUCUGACCAGAGGGAAAAUAUAUUCCAAACCAAGUGCAAAAUACAGGGGAAAGUGUGUGAUCUUAUUAUUGACAGUGGGAGUGAGUCCAACUGUGUGAGCAGGCAAUUAGUGACCGAGCUGAAUCUUGAUACCAAGCCUCACCCUCACCCUUAUAAGAUGAAGUGGCUUGACAACAAAGCAAGUGGGUCAGUGAGCAAGCAGUGCUUAGUGAGCCUGACCUUGGGAACAUAUGCUGAUGAGGUUUUGUGUGAUGUGCUUGAGAUGGAGGCUUGCCACUUAUUGCUAGGUAGACCUUGGCAAUAUGACAAGAAGACCACCCACAAUGGUUACACUAACACAUACACCCUUAAGCAUAAUGGGAAGAGAAAGGAGCUGGUGCCCCUGCCCCCACAUAAAGUUGUUCCACCUAGACCAUCCAAGGCACCUAUACAUUUGAUGACUAGAAGGGAGUGUGAGAGGGAGAUUGAGAAGGAGGAAGUCCUGUAUAUAUUAAUCAGUAAAGAAGUACAGGAUACCACACCCAUACCCCCUGAGUUACAGAGCCUGUUGGAUCAGUUUAGUGAUGUUUUUCCAAACUUAGUCCCAGGAGCCAACUUGCCUAACAAGCCUGCCUAUAGAUCCAACCCUAAGGAAACUAAGGAAUUACAAAGGCAAGUGGAUGAGCUAAUACAAAGAGGAUAUGUUAGGGAAAGCUUAAGCCCCUGUGCUGUGCCUACUCUGUUAGUCCCAAAAAAGGAUGGCACAUGGAGGAUGUGCAUAGACAGCCGUAGCAUGAAUAAUAUAACCAUCAAGUAUAGAUUCCCUAGACCAAGAAUUGAUGAUAUCCUGGAUGAAUUAGGAGGCUCAGAAUGGUUUAGCAAGGUGGAUCUUAGAAGUGGAUAUCACCAAAUACGCAUUAAACAGGGGGAUGAAUGGAAAACUUCAUUCAAGACCAAGUAUGGGCUGUAUGAGUGGCUUGUGAUGCCCUUUGGCUUGACUGGAGCCCCCAGCACUUUCAUGAGGCUGAUGAAUGAGGUGCUUAGACCCUUCUUAGGGAAGUUCAUAGUAGUCUACCUAGAUGACAUACUUGUUUACAGUAAGGGAAUAACAGAACACUUAAACCACCUCCAACAAUUAUUUGAAGUGCUGAGAAAACAGAGACUCUAUGCUAAGCUUGAGAAAUGUAGCUUCCUCCUACCUGAAGUGAGUUUCCUAGGCUAUAUUGUAGGAAAGGAAGGAGUAAGGGUUGAUCCUGCUAAGGUCCAAGCCAUACAAGAGUGGCCUACACCCACCACCCUCACACAGGUAAGAGCCUUUCAUGGCUUGGCCUCCUUCUACAGGAGGUUCAUAAGGAAUUUCAGCUCUGUUUUAGCACCUGUAACAGAGUGUACCAAACAAGGGAGGUUUGAGUGGACCCUUGCUGCUCAAAGGGCCUUUGAAACCCUCAAGGAGCUGAUGUGUAAGGCCCCUAUCUUGAAGCUACAUGACUUUACCAAGCCAUUUGAGUUGGAAUGUGAUGCUAGUGGGGAGUUCUAUGCAAUUGUUAGGGCUCUUGAGCAUUGGUCCCAUUACCUGAAAGUACAACCAUUCAUCUUGCACACAGACCAUGAAUCCCUAAAGCACAUAAACAGCCAACAGAAGCUAAGCAGCAGACAUGCUCGAUGGGUUGAAUUUAUGCAGACUUUUGAUUUUUCAGCCAAAUAUAAAGUAGGAAAAACCAAUAUUAUAGCUGAUGCCCUCAGUAGGAAGUACAAUUUACUUGGGAUAGUAGGAUCUAAAAUCUUAGGCUUUGAAUUCAUAAAGGAUCAGUACCCUGUUUGCCCUGAUUUUGCUGAAAUAUAUCAGUCAUGUAGAGAUAAACCUCAAGGCUUAUUUAACAUUCACCAAGGUUUUCUGUUUAAAGGAAACAAAUUAUGCAUACCUAAGCUUCCUCUUAGGACUAUUUUGGUGAAAGAAGUUCAUGAAGGUAGCAUAGCAGGCCAUUUUGGAAUCCAAAAAACCUUAGACAUGCUAGCCAAGCACUUCUACUGGCCUAAGAUGCUUGGCACAGUAGGAAAACAUAUUCUGAAAUGUGAGGCUUGUCUUAAGGCCAAAGUGACCUUUCACAAGGGAGAAUACAUACCCCUACCUGUUGCACACAAGCCUUGGGAGCACAUUAGCAUGGAUUUUAUAGUGGCUUUACCAAGGACAAAGAGAGGCAAAGAUGCCAUCAUGGUGGUUGUAGAUAGAUUUUCUAAGAUGUCUCACUUUAUAGCCUGCACCAAGGUGGAUGAUGCUCAAAGCAUUGCAAGGCUGUUCUUUGCUGAAAUAGUUAGGUUGCAUGGCAUACCAAAAACUAUUGUUUCAGAUAGGGACAGCAAGUUUCUCAACUAUUUUUGGAAAAGCUUGUGGAAAAUGGUAGGCUCUAAGCUAUUGUUUAGCACUGCUUACCAUCCACAAACGGAUGGCCAAACAGAGGUGACCAAUAGAACCGUGGGCACCCUGCUCAACAAGAGCUUGGAAGCAGAAGAUAUGAUUAAGCAAAUGGAAGCAAUACACAAGCAAGUACAUGACAAUUUGGAGAUCACUAACUCAAGGUACAAGCAACAAGCAGACAAGCAUCUGAAGAGGAAGCAGCCUAUCAAGGAAGGGGAUCUAGUCUGGGUAUACCUCAGAAAAGAAAGAUUUCCCCAACUCAGGAAAAACAAACUAAUGCCCAGAGCUAUUGGUCCAUUCCCAGUGAAGAAACAAUAUGGGGAGAAUGCUUUUGAGAUCCAACUACCAGCAGAGUAUAAUAUCUCUUCCACAUUCAACAUAGGAGACCUUACCUUGUAUGAGCCGGACAAAGAAUUGAGGACAAUUCUUUCCCAAGAGGGAGGAAUUGAUACAAACGGAGUAUCAAAGGUCAAGGUCCCCACUAAUGGGGUGGAAGAACAGAAUAGCACAAUGGAUUUGUCAUCUACGCCAAAUGCACGUGGGACACAGGAAACCUCCAUGAAUACUUCUCAACAAUCAAACAUGGGCUUAAGAACACAUAUCAAGGCCAAAGAAAUCCAAAGCAUUACAAGAGCCAGCAACCAAGACUCAGAAGAACAGACAAACUCCAAGAACAAGGCAACAGAACUGCCUGGCAAACAGCUGACCUUGGUGAACCGCCUGAGUUCAGACCGGAACCACUUGGACCGGGAGGAGGGCUGGAAUGGCAUCUCACCACAUGGGCCAAGCCACCAAGGGCCAAGGGUUUUACUGAUAGUGCACCAGGAGGACGGUGGAACAAGAUAA